GGAUGGGACUGGCGGAGGAGGGAGGGGGCGUUGCCAUGGAGACCGAGGGCGCGCGGCCGCAAGGGAGGGGUCAGGCGAUUAGCGGGUUCGGCGCCAGCGCUCCGCAGGUCUGGGGGUUCGGGCGCGGCCCGCUGCGCCCCAGCACCUGUGCAUUGUGCUGCAAGGGCGGAGGGCGAUGCGGAGGGCGCCAGCCCUGGCAGGGACGGGAGGGGGCGGGCCCGGUUAUGCAGGAGCGACGCCUCCCUGGCACCCACGCGGGGAGCCCAGAGAGCUGGGCGAAGACACGCCUUGCACCCGGGCAACCGCUGGGCAGCCCGGCAGGGGGGCGGGGGCCGGAGCCCAGGGCCGCGGCCCCCCUGGCCAGCGGCGCAGACUGACAGCGGCUGGGCCCGCCCCGCCCGCGUCACUUCCGCUGACGGCAACCCCUCCCUCCCUCUGGGUCUCUGGAGUGGCCGGAGACUCCGCCCCCUGGCGAUUGGAACGCGGGUCACGUAGCAACGCGGGGGAGAAGGGGAGAGGGGCGUGGCUGGGCGCCGGUCCAAUCAGCGCCCGCAGAACGGGCCUCGGCCGCCUGGCUUUAGCAACGUCGUUAGCAACACGUGGGGCGGGAGGAAGCGCCGGGCGGGGGUGGAGGAAGGGAGAGCGCGCGGGGAGGGAGGAGAACUGACGUCAGCGGGAGAGUAUUAUGGGCUGUCGAGGGCUGGCUGCUGCUUUUCUGCUCCUGGAAGCGGCCGAGGGGGGAAGCGGCGAGUCAACAUGGAGCUCUCGGCGGUGGGGGAGCGGGUGUUCGCGGCCGAAGCCCUCCUGAAGCGGCGCAUUCGCAAAGGACGCAUGGAAUAUCUCGUGAAAUGGAAGGGCUGGUCGCAGAAGUACAGCACUUGGGAGCCGGAAGAAAAUAUCCUGGAUGCUCGCCUGCUUGCAGCCUUUGAGGAAAGGGAGCGGGAGAUGGAGCUCUAUGGCCCCAAAAAGAGAGGACCCAAGCCUAAAACCUUCCUUCUCAAGGCCCAGGCCAAGGCAAAGGCCAAAACCUAUGAAUUCAGAAGUGACUCUGCCAGAGGCAUCCGGAUCCCUUACCCAGGCCGCUCGCCCCAGGAUUUGGCAUCUACUUCCAGGGCCAGGGAGGGCCUUAGGAACACGGCUCUGUCCCCACCAGGGAGCAGCAGCAGCACAUGCAGGGUCGACCCACCUCGGGACAGGGACCGGGACCGAGAGCGAGAACGGGACAGGGGUGCCAGCCGUGUGGAGGACAAGCCCAGCUCACCAGGAGACAGCUCCAAGAAGCGAGGACCCAAGCCCCGGAAAGAGCUCCUAGACCCUUCCCAGAGACCCUUGGGGGAGCCUAGCGAUGGCCUAGGAGAAUACCUCAAAAGCAGGAAGCUGGAUGACACCCCUCCUGGGACAGGAAAGUUCCCAGCUGGCCACAGCGUGAUCCAGCUUGCUCGAAGACAGGACUCAGACCUGGUUCAGUACGGAGUGACCAGCCCUAGCUCAGCAGAGGCCUCGGGCAAGUUGGCCGUGGACACCUUUCCAGCCAGGGUGAUAAAGCACAGGGCCGCUUUCUUGGAGGCCAAAGGUCAAGGUGCCCUGGAUCCUGGUGGCCCCAGGGUCCGACAUAGUUCAGGCACCCCAGGCUCAGUGGGAAGCCUGUAUCGGGACAUGGGGGCCCAAGGGGGACGGCCCUCCCUCAUCGCCAGAAUUCCAGUGGCCAGAAUCCUGGGGGACCCAGAGGAAGAGUCCUGGAGCCCCUCUCUGACCAACCUGGAGAAGGUGGUUGUCACAGACGUGACCUCAAACUUUUUGACCGUUACCAUUAAGGAGAGCAACACGGACCAAGGCUUCUUUAAGGAAAAGAGAUGAAUUGCUGAGGGUGGGGAGGCCAGGACCAGAGCAGGCGAGAGUGAGCUCAAAUGUGGCUUAGUGCUUUUUAUUCCUGGGAGGCUGUGGCCUUCUGACUGACCCCGUCCUUACCCUCACCCCCCACCCCCGCGGUCCCUUUCAUCCUCCUUCCUCAGUUCUGGUUGGAAAAUUAUCUCUAGAGUUCUAUUUUCUAUUAGAUGUAAAUAUGUUAUUUAAGAAAAAUAUCUAAAUAUAUAUAUUUCAACUCUUGAA